UUUACUUCUCUGUCGUGGCCUAUACUUUAUUUAUUUAACACCCUGUGUGUAGAAACAAACGCACUGAUAGCUAGCCAGCAAAGAUGGAAGAGCACUCAUCAGCAGCACCUCACAUAUUGGCUUUAACCUUUCCAGCAGAAGGCCACAUCAAACCCAUGUUUAACCUAACCAAACUUCUCUCCCAAAAAGGCCACAGAAUCACCUUCGUCAACACACGCCACAACCACAAUCGCCUCCUCCAAUUCACAGACUUACCCUCAUUUCACACCCAAUUCCCCAAUUUCAACUUCGCAACCGUCAACGAUGGAGUGCCCGACGGCCAUCCUCCGAACGAUUUUAGCGUAAUGGUGUCUCCGGCCAGCAGGUCCAAGGUUGCCCUAGAGUUCCGGGAGUUGUUGUCGAGCCUCGUCGAGAAACGUUGUCUGUGGGGCCCACCUUCUUGCAUGAUUGUCGAUGGAAUGAUGUCAACGAUUGCUAUGGAUGCUGCUGAAGAGUUCGGGAUUCCGGUGCUAACUUUCCGCACGUACAGUGCCACUUGCACGUGGGUUACGAUUCACAUAAGCAAAGUUAUUCGGGAGGAAGCGGUGGAUAUGCAGGAUCCAGAAGAUAUAGAUAAGGUGCUAUCAAGCAUCCCAGGAUUAGAGAAUUUAUUGAGAGAUCGUGAUCUUCCAUCUGUCUUCAGAUUGAAACCUGGAAGCAAUGGCCUUGAAUUCUACAUCAAAGAAACCCUAGCCAUGACUCGAGCUUCUGGUCUUAUACUCAAUACCUUUGACCAGCUAGAAGCCCCCAUCAUCACUAUGCUAAGUACUAUAUUUCCCAAAGUCUACACCAUUGGCCCUCUCCACACUCUCAUCAAGACUCAAAUCACAAACAAUAGUUCAUCAUCCCUUCAUUUGAGAAAAGAAGACAAAAUUUGCAUAACAUGGCUUAACCAUCAAAAGGAAAAGUCAGUUUUGUAUGUUAGCUUUGGCACUGUAGUGAAGCUGUCACAUGAGCAGUUAUUAGAAUUUUGGCAUGGUUUGGUGAAUAGUAUGAAGCCUUUCUUGUGGGUUAUGAGAAGAGACUUGAUCAAUAGAGAAGGUAUUAUGGAAAACAUUAAUGUACCUAUAGAACUUGAGUUAGGGACUAAAGAGAGGGGUCUUUUAGUGGAUUGGGCCCCACAAGAGGAGGUUCUGGCCCACCCUUCAGUAGGAGGGUUUUUGACACAUUGUGGUUGGAAUUCUAUAUUGGAGUGUAUUGUUGAAGGUGUGCCUAUGCUAUGUUGGCCGUUGAUGGCUGAUCAAACGGUCAACAAUAGGUGUGUGAGUGAGCAAUGGGGGAUUGGAAUUGAUAUAGAUGGAACCUAUGAUAGGUUGGUUAUUGAGAACAUGGUGAAGAAUGUGCUGGAGAAUCAGAUAGAAGGACUCAAAAGGUCCGUGGAUGAGAUUGCGAAAAAAGCCCGUGAUAGUAUCAAAGAAACUGGUUCUUCUUAUCAUAAUAUAGAGAAAAUGAUAGAGGACAUAAUGUCAAUGAAGAUAAGGAAAAAGUAUUGAGUAGAACAUAUGUUUCUUUUUGUAGAAGAACAAUGAUGAAAUGUGCUUUCUUUUAA